AUGGCUGAUGAUAUUGAUAUUGAAGCAAUGCUUGAAGCUCCUUACAAGAAGGAUGAGAACAAAUUGAGCAGUGCCAACGGCCACGAAGAACGAAGCAAGAAGAGAAAAAAGAGCAAGAGCCGAAGUCGAAGCCAUGACAGGAAGAGGAGCAGAAGCAAGGAACGCAAGCGGAGCCGAGAUCGGGAAAGGAAAAAGAGCAGGAGCCGGGAGAGGAAGCGCAGCAGGAGCAAGGAGCGCAGGCGCAGCCGCUCUCGGAGCAGGGAUCGCAGAUUCAGAGGCCGUUACAGAAGUCCCUAUUCUGGUCCAAAAUUCAACAGUGCCAUCAGAGGGAAGAUUGGUCUGCCUCACAGCAUCAAAUUAAGCAGACGACGCUCCAGAAGCAAAAGUCCCUUCAGAAAAGACAAGAGCCCUGUUAGAGAACCUAUAGAUAAUCUUACCCCUGAGGAGAGGGAUGCUCGAACAGUGUUCUGCAUGCAGCUGGCUGCCAGAAUUCGACCAAGAGACCUGGAAGAAUUUUUCUCUACAGUAGGGAAGGUAAUUCAUAGGGAGCUUAAAAUUAUUCUGAGGUUUUCUCUAUUCUCAGACUCUGAGUGUGCCAAAAAGGCCUUGGAACAACUCAAUGGGUUUGAGCUGGCUGGCAGACCCAUGAAAGUUGGACAUGUAACUGAGCGCACUGAUGCUUCCAGUGCCAGUUCCUUUUUGGACAGUGAUGAGUUGGAACGGACUGGAAUUGACUUGGGAACAACCGGUCGCCUUCAGUUGAUGGCAAGACUUGCAGAAGGAACGGGUCUGCAGAUCCCCCCGGCGGCACAGCAGGCUCUGCAGAUGAGUGGCUCUUUGGCAUUUGGAGCUGUGGCAGAUUUGCAAACAAGACUGUCUCAGCAGAAUGAAGUUCUGGCUGCAGCUGCUUCUGUACAACCACUGGCAACACAGUGCUUCCAGCUGUCCAACAUGUUUAAUCCUCAAACUGAAGAAGAAGCUGGCUGGGAUACUGAAAUUAAAGAUGAUGUGAUUGAGGAAUGUAACAAACAUGGAGGAGUUAUCCACAUCUAUGUAGACAAAAACUCAGCUCAGGGCAACGUGUACGUCAAGUGUCCGUCGAUCGCCGCUGCCAUCGCGGCCGUCAACGCGUUGCAUGGGAGGUGGUUUGCAGGUAAAAUGAUCACAGCAGCGUAUGUACCUCUUCCAACAUACCAUAGCCUUUUCCCAGAUUCCAUGACUGCAACCCAACUACUGGUUCCUGUUCGACGAUGAAGAUGGAUUUAGUCAGUUUUGUACAUAGUUAUUUUUUGGAGGAAGAUUGAGUUAUCUUUUAUUUAGAUAAAACUAAAGGAAAGGAUUUACUGUCAUUUUGUGUACACUUCCUGCUACCUUUAAAAAUAAAAUGAAGUAAGCAGAAAUGCAGUGUGUUCAUUCUCCUUAACUAGCAUUUCCACUGUAUACAAAGCUGUUGACUUCUUGUUCUGCCUUGUAAUUCUUGUACAUUUACUAAGGUGAUCUGUAGGAACUGAGAAGUAGCUCUUAGAAAACAAGUUAUUUGUAAAAGGCAGAUGGGACAUGAUGACAUUUUUAAUGUUUCACAAGCCUUUCUUUUAAUGCAGCAAUUGCAUUUUACAUUUCACUAAAUGUAGGUGAUCUGCUUAAGGUUAAUAUCGGAGAUAGACUCGAUGAAGGGACUUACUUAGUGUUUUGUAUAAAUGGAAAAUUCAACAAGCUGCUGAAAGCUGAGUCCAGGCAGCCACUCAGCUUGCUUUGUGCUGAAUAUUUGGUAAGAAUAGAAGGAUUGAAGGGUUUUAUUUCUUGAUGGUAUCUUUUGAUUAAUGUAUCUGUAAAAGUUUCUUUGUAAAUACUGUGUGAGGUGUGUCUAAGUUUCCAAACAAAACCAUCUCUGCAUUUCCAGAUGAGUUUCUCUGUCUGCAGUGGGGCACAUUUGAAGGAUUUCAGCCAAGUCUGAAAAUCUGUAGGAAAUACAGAAACAUGUUUUGUUCUGGUUGCAUAUAAUCUUUGCUCUUUUUAAGCUCUGUGAGCUCUGAAAUAUAUUUUUGGGUUACUUCAGUGUGUUUGACAAGACAGCUUGUUAUUUCUAUCAAACAAAGACUUUCAUAUUGCAACAAUCUUUGUAAGAACCACUCAAAUAAAAUUCUCUUAAAAAGGCCUUCAUGAA